GGCGUAGAAAAAUUUGCAGGCUCUGGCCAUUCCGGAAGUCCAAUUACAAUCGGUGGUGCUGCUUUUGGGUCAAAUUUCCGUCAAGUGGUUUCAAGUUCAGCGCCUACAAGUUCAAUAGAUAUGGAUGCGAUGUUAAUGCAGUCGACUCAUCAGUCACCAUCGGCCACUAACGGAGACGAUUACUAUCGUGAUAGAAGGAAGAAAGAUAUACACAAUAUGAUUGAGCGACGAAGGCGUUACAAUAUUAACGAUCGCAUCAAGGAGCUUGGCAUGAUGUUACCAAAAUCUUCAGCGGAAGACCUGAAGCUUAAUAAGGGAACAAUUCUGAAAGCUUCAUGUGACUAUAUUCGCCAGCUACAACGUGACCGAGAGCUGAUGCUCAAACAGCAAGCUCAUCAACAAAAACUGGAAAAUGUCGCGAAGCAGUAUGCAGAACGAAUACGGGAACUAGAAGAAUUCAUGACUCGUCAGGGCAUUCAGCCACCUCCAGCCCAUUUGCCUCCAAUCCCUCGACUCGCUAGUCUGGAUCGUCCAAUUAAGCAGGAAAUGGAUGACACGGCCUCACCAAAUCAUACACCUUGUGGUUCUCUUUCUUCGUCUGGAUUUAUGUCACAGCUAUCUGAUGGAACGGCAGCUAUGCAGAUUGCAAGUCCACUGAGUAGACAGGCGAUGCAGGCGGCCACCAGUCACUCAGAGAGUUAUUUCUCUGUUGGAUCGAGUAGCCCACCCGAAUUCGGAACGCCCCAUACAUGGCGAGACCAUGGUAUGCAGCAGCCGUUUCCUGACUUGAUAAUGGACGACAUGGGCAGCAAUCCACUUCUCAGCCAAGACCCUCUCAUCUCUCAAGCUGGAGCACAUCCGUCACCACACCUUCCUGCUGGAAGUCAGAUGAGUCCAGAUAUUCAGUGGGAUCAGUCAGGUUUCAGCCCUGAAGGCCAUAAUGGACUGCAUCACCAGCACAUGGAUUUUUCCUAA